AUGCCUCCGAGGAAACGACCUGGGUCCUCUGGUUGUUCCGAAACGAAAACCAAAAAGGCAAAACAAGAGUCGCCUUUGUCCGACCAUGAAGAUGACAUAGAGACGAUCCUCAUGUUAAUUCAACAACAAGAAGAAAGUGAGGCGCUAGCGAAACGUAUGCAGGAAGAAUGGAACAACGAAGACAUGUCAUUUGUGCCCGGAACCAGCCGUAAUGGGCAUGGAAAUAUGGCUACAGCCUCUGGGACCCCUGAGGUUAUCGUGCUGGACUCCGAUGACGGGCUUUCUGAACUGCCUCCUGACACACGGCCUUCCGUCAGUGGGGGCGUGAAGGGUUUAGGAAGUCGUCUUUCUGUGAAGCUACCUAUAGGAUCCUCUCAAGGAAAGGGGAAGUCCAAAGGAGUACUGUCCUCGAAUAAUCUGGAGGCUCGUGGAGGCUCAGCAGAGUGUUGCGAAUCGCAGCAGAAUGGAUUCGAUGUGCCUCCUGACCAGGCACUAUCUAAGUAUCGGGACAUGUUCGCGGGAUCACACCGAUGCUCACAGUGCUCGGCUGUUAUACCAUCUCCUCUUGGCUACGUCAGUUUCUCCCCGACGAUACCGCCUCCCAGCCUUCUGCACAUUCUGCAUUGUGCAUGCAAGAACAAGAAUCAAGAUUGCCAGGUUUUGAAAUGCUGCGCCAAUGUACGCGCGAUUGCUCUAUUUGAGACCCUCACUGCAUUUGACAGAGAAUACAUUAACGAACGCCUCAAUUCCGACGAGCGCGCGAAAGCGUCCGUAGCUAGCGGACGUUCAGCUGUCCCGUCCGUUGGCCCCGGUGGCACGGGCUAUUCCAUGGGAAAUUACAGUUCCUCUGGAGGCCCUGGCGGCCGAGGGCGAGGGCGAGGGCGAGGACGGAAGUCAAGCAACCCCAGCAACUGGAUCACCGCCAAUAUUACAGCUCAUUGGGAGGAAACGAUAGCUCGCUUCCUGCUCACGGUGACAGAAUUGCUUCCUUCUCCGUACGACGAGUCGGCGCAGACAUACGAUCUGAUACCUCAUCAAUCCAUACGAUCCCUCUCAUUGCUCUCCCGAUUGCCCGACUUACUCGCAGACCUCCUGCGCAAUGACUCCGUGAAUGACUGGAUCACCCGCGUGGACGUGUAUAGCGCAAUGCUGGGUCUCCUGAGAAGGUUGGCAGACUGCGAGUUAACAGUGGACAUCCUUAUCAACCACCGUUGGGAACGUACGCGCACUUGUUGCGGUUUAGGUGAUUGGAUGCGACAAGACGGCCAAAUUGAAUGGGAGAUGGAGGGCUCCCGCAUAGCCGUUGCACCUCCACUUUUCGAUUAUUUUAUCAAACUCACAAAGCAGUGUGAAGCUUUUCUGGCAGGUGCAUCGCAAUUGAUCGAAGGUCAAUCUGAGGGCAGCGAUGACGGCGACACGGAAGAAACGACUGUGAAAGCCAUAUCUCUGUGCGGUGAUAUCAUUGCUGCCAGAGACGACAUUCAGAGGGCCAUGACGAUUCUCGGCAAACACUCAUCGAGCCCGCCCCCUGCAAGCAGAGCAGGCCCGAAGGCAAUGGACGGCAAAGGAAAGGCCCGCGACUCUGCUGUGAAUAUGGAAAAAGAAUAUUCAACUGUGUGUGAAAAGCUGGCUCUUCGACACGUUGCUCUCGGCCGCGAAGUUAACGGUACCUUGCGCUACGAACACUUCAACUAUGCGCAACUGCUGCAGCAGACCAACACAGGUACGAGGAACCCGAAGGACAGACUGCACCUCGUCAAAGAGCUCGCCGUCAUGGCCACUUCGCUUCCGCCAGGCAUCUGGGUGCGCGUCGACGAAGUCCGGAACGACGCCAUUAAGGUCAUGAUUGCAGGCCCUGAGGGCACCCCAUACGCGGGCGGCCUCUUCGAGUUUGACUGCUUCAUGCCCUUGCAAUAUCCCCAUACGCCUCCUCUCGUCCAUCUGCGCACGACUGCCGGCGGUAAAGUGGGCUUCAACCCCAAUCUAUAUAGCACUGGUAAGGUGUGCCUGUCUCUCUUGGGGACUUGGCCCGGGCGGCCGGAAGAGCAGUGGUCCUCGAAGUCCACGCUCCUGCAAGUGUUGGUUAGUAUCCAGAGUAUGAUAAUGGUGGACACUCCAUUUUUCAACGAACCCGGUUACGGGAAAGCCAACGCCAAUGACAAGCGGAGCAUUCAAUAUAACCGCAACGUCGCACUCCAGACCGUGAGGUGGGCAAUGGUGGAAUGGAUGAACGACGAAUACAAGAGCAGUAUAUGGGCCGACGUCAUCGCUCACCAUUUCACUAUCCGACAUGCAAAGAUACGAAAGUGCAUCGAGGAGUGGGCAAAGGACGAUGCACGCAUGCGGAACUAUGAUGCGCGUAGCACUCAAACUGCCGGCACCAGCGAGCGCUCGUAUCCUGGAAUGCAUAACGUGCGAGCGUCAGGCGGUGUGGACCUGCUGGCGCGAUACGACCAGGGCAUCCCGAAGCUUCGCCGUUGGCUGUCAUGCAGGAUGGUGGAAAUUGAAUGCAUCGAGUAA